AUGUCCCAGCCCGUGUCCGUAAUGCUGCGCGACCCAGUUCCCCCGCUCCCCCUGGCGGACGAGUCCCGCCUCUCCCUCUGCCUGCGCCGCGCGCUGCUCCCCCCGCUCCCCUUCUUCGUCCCCCUCGUGGCUCCGCCAACGGCUCUGGACCAGCAGCCUAAGAAGAAGGGCAAUAGGGGGACUAUGAUGCCCCCUGGAGGGGGCGGGAACGUGAUGACGCGGCAGUUCAACGAAGUGAUGAUUAAUCUGGGCGUGCAGCAGGUCAACCAGCAGAAAUUCGACGAGGCCAUCAACACCUUCACUCUGCUUCUAGACGAGCUGGGCAACAGUGCGCCAGCUCUCAUUGGUCGAGGCACCGCCUACGCGCUCUCGGGCAAGAUCAAAGAAGCCAUUGAGGAUUACUCUCUGGCGUGCGAGCUUGACCCCAAGAUGGUGGACGCCUGGCGCAGGAGGGCCCAGGCCCGAGCAGCCAUAGGGGAGGUGGACGGGGCCAUCGAGGAUUUUACCACGGCGCUUAGCCUGGAGAAGGGCCAGAUGGACCUGUUGAUGGAGCGAGGCAUGGUGUACGCCAGGGCACGGCGUUUCUACGAGGCAGCCAAGGACCUGAGGGCGGUGGUUGCCGUCAUGCCCAAGGAGGAGCUGGCGCACGUUGCCUUGGCUGAGUCUCUGGUGGGGUUGGGCGAAACAGAGGAGGCGAUGGAGAUUUAUGAGAAGGUGGUGGAUGCAAACCCGGGCAACAGGAUGGCGUGGCUGUACAUGGGGCAGGCCGCCAAGGAGCUCGCCAUGCCUGACAGGGCCGAGCAGGCUUACAGGAAGGCCACGCAGCUGGAACCCAGGUUCGCCCAGGCGUACCGCGUGUGGGCGCUGCUCAAGCACGCCAUGGGCGACCACAAGCACGCACUAGAGCUGGUGCGUGUGGCAAUGCAGCUCGAGCCGGAGAACGUGGAGGGGCAUUACAUCAAGGGGUCGUGCCACCACGCCCUGGGGCAGCUGCAGGACGCCGUGACGACAUACGAUGCUCUCUUGUCCAAGCCUACACGGCAGGAGGAGCAGCCCUUACUCUUCAUGGCAUUCUACCAGAGGGAGGUGGCGCAGUUCACAGCGUCUCGCCUCAAUAAGCCUCUCCGUGACUUUGACUUUGAAGACAACUUCGGACCCGAAUUCAAGCAAGCAUGGGCGCGUCGAUCCGUGCCCACCGACCUCUUCCCUGCCUACCGCCCGCAGCCAUACCGGGCGGCAUUUGACAACCAGUUGAAACCAGAGAGGCAUGUGAGCGAGCAGGUGAAGCGGGGAAGGAAGGAGCUCGUCAAGGCUGCAGACACCGUUGGUGGUCGCACGCAGUACACUUCCCCCGGCUUCCUGCCCAACCAGAGGCAGCACCGCGCAGCAGGCAUGGCAGCACUGGAGAUGAUGCAGGCAGCACGCGCCACGUGGCGAGAGCAGGCAGCAGCAGCGAGCAAGCAGCAGGGCAAGGGCGGCAGCAGCAGCAAGGGGCGCGCCAGUAGCAGCAGGCGGAGCGACCAUUAUGAAGAUUAUGACGACGAUGAGGAGGAGGAUGAGGAUGAGGACGAGGAUGAAGCGGGGGUGACGGUGGGAGGGUGGAGGGACCUGUACUCCAUUGCUGUGCGCUGGCGCCUGCUGUCGGAGUCCUGUGACCCCAUCGUGUGGGUCGACCAGCUCACCCAGGAGGAGUUUGAGAAGGGCUUUGGUGCUGUGACAGCAAUGGUACAGGGGCACUCCAAGAACCUCCGCUACUAUGCCAACUAUGACAGGGCCUUCGCACUGAUCAGGGAUGAGAUGUUAGAGCAGGGAGCAGUUGAAAUCGGCGACCUGACACAGAAAUACGAGAUCCCUGUUGAGAUGGAUGCUGAGGUUGAAGCCGCGGAGACACCAGAGGAGCUGUGGAACGUGGUGGGGCAGAACUUCCUCAUCACCGUGCCCUGCUUCUCCACCGCGCAGCCCGAUUACAUGCUCAACGGGACAACCCUCGCCGUCCGGAAACUGGGCGAUGGGGCGUUUGACUUUGCCAUCAAGAUGCCCCUCACGCCCCCCCGAUGGAAGGAGUAUGAUGCUGAGCUCACUGCAGCAUGGAAGAACCUGUGUGAGGUGAUGGCAGACGCCAAGAAGAGCAAAGACGACAAGCUCGUGAAGACCGCCAUUCUGCGAGUCGUCUACUACUGGUACAACUUCUCUCCCCUGUCUCGGGGCUCAGCCAUGGCCGGCUAUUCCAGCUUGCUCGGUCUUUUCCUCGCCGCCGGCAAGGAGAUCACCGCCAAGCCGCCUCCUGACGUUCAGCUCGACUGGGAGGCCAUCUUGUCGCCGACACUGGAGGAGUUUAUAACGAGGAUAUCCAAGUGGCUAUUUGUGGGUGCAACCGACGGCUCGGAUUUCCACGAGCUCUUAGAUGUGCACGAGGCGUUCCCCACCGUCGGAUCGGCCAUCCGCAUGCUGUCCAAAUACUAG